GGGUGGGCGGGGCGGGACGCGGAAGUGGCGGCGGAGAGCGGGUUCCUCCAUGCUGCUUAGGAGCAAGUGAGUUGAGUACUGUGCCUUUUACUGCACCCCGCAAAUCACCAGCCCAUGUGGAAUAGCACUAAGAAAACCUCCAUCUUUGCUGUUUAGUAUAAAUCGAGUUAUUUCCAGGUGGCUCAGAGCUGGUUCUGAUGUCAGCAGAAGGCUGCACCCUCACGGUCCGCCUGGUGCGCUCCUUCCAGCACCGCAAUUUCCGGCCCCUGGUGUUCCACGGCGUCCCCUUGGAGCAGACGGUGCGGGAGUUCAUGGCCUUCGUGCGCCAGGAUGUGUCUUCAAGAUCAGGACUUCCUCCUCCUUUUAAAAAUUACAAGUAUGAUACAAUGAAGAUUAUUCACCAAGCACACAAAUCUAAGACUGGUGAGCUUGUAGUGAGUUUGGAAGAUGAUGACAAACUGAUUUUGAAGGAAGACAGCACGCUGAAAGCAGCUGGAGUAGAAAAUGAGACGGAAUUAGCAUUCUUCUGUGAGGAAGAUUACAGAAACUACAGAGCUAAUCCUGUUUCGGCCUGGUGAAGAUCCCAAGAGAUUGUUUUGUUUUCCCAUACCUGUUGUAAAUUUUCCUUAUUCUGCUUAAUGAGAUUUUUCUUAAAGAUCAAUAAAUCCUAGAGGAUUUCUUUGCAAA